CCAGGGUCUCCCACGAUAAGACUGGGGGCUGCUCCAGUUCCUGCAGCUGGGGGGCCCUUCCCCCCUGGCAGACGCCACUGGAUUGGCUGACCCCUGCCAGGGCUCCUGGCACGUCCCCAGCCAGCCCUCCUCCGCCUCCCGGCCUCUGGCCACGGGUGCUGGCGCCUUCCCAACUGCCCACCGCGUCGGUUGAGGGCGGAAUUCUCAGAGGGCAGCUCCCGGGGUCUCCAGGUCCCUCGGGUCCCCCAGCUUCCAGAUGGGCUUUCUUCCCCAGGACGCAACCCGCGACCCCUGGCGGCCGUGACCCGCCGACCUGACCUGCAGGGGCUCUGUCCCUGGGGAGGUGUCUGUCCCCUGCCCCCGGCCCGCGAGUCCCCGCCGCCCUGGUGUCUGGAGCUGAAGGUGCACACAGGACCCCACACCCAGAGGAGGAGUGCAGGGGGCCGUGGAGGGCUCAGCUGUGCGGUAGGACCGGGUGGUGGCGGUGCCCAGCUCCACAGCGCACCAGGAGCUGAGAGAGCCGCAGACAGGGCAGGCGGAGGAGGAGCACCGAGGUGGGCUCCGUGCAAGGUCCUGUCUCCCCAGCGGCCGCCCCGGCCAUGUCGGCCCCGCUCAGCGAGCUCCUCCGCCUGAACUCGAGCCGGGGCACCGCACUGCAGGAGGAGAUGCAGGAGCUGGAGAGGGACCUCCUGGACGUGGGGCUGCAGGCAGAGCCCCGGAGCUGCUGCGCCGCCCUGAGCGAGGAACAGGCCAAGCAGAUCCGGUUGAUGACGGCCUCGGAGCAGAGCCCGGUGCUGGAAGCCAUUUGCCACUGCCUGGAUGAGCACAGCAAGCUCGCUGGGGGAGGGCAGCUGCUCACCUCCGAGGACAGCCCCAUCCAAAACCUCAUGAAGUUUCUGUACCUGGACCCCCAGCGGGCAAAGGAGAAGGUGUUCCUCUUCAGCCUGUACGGCCUGGUGCUCCGGGAGUGCGUGGACACGGCCCUGGUGAAGAGGUACCUGACCCGCCUCCUGGACUUGUCUCACCAGUGCGCCCCCCAGCGGGAGGGCAUCGCGCUGGCCAUGGGCUUGGCGUCCACCUCGCACCUGGAGGUGGUGUGGGCCACGCUGGAGCACCUGGGCCGCACCCGCUUCCUGAGGUCGGCCCUGCGGGACGGCCAGGAGUCGGACCCCGACCUGCGCUGGAAAUGGGUCAGCAGCACCUCCCUGCUGUGCUACGGGCAAAUGGCCAUGCACGCCGAGGAGAAGAUCCUGCCCUGGGUGGACGACAUAGCCUCGCGCAUGGUGUACUACUUCUCCAGCAGCAGCCGCGUGAGCGCCCGGCUCCCUCCCGAUGUCCCCGCGCUGACCCGGGGCGCCCCGGCUCCCUCCUGAUGUCCCCGCGCUGACCCGGGGCGCCCCGGCUCCCUCCCGAUGUCCCUGCGCUGACCCGGGGCGCCCCGGCUCCCUCCCGACGUCCCCGCGCUGACCCGGGGCACCCCGGCUCCCUCCCGAUGUCCCCGCGCUGACCCGGGGCGCCCCGGCUCCCUCCUGAUAUCCCCGUGCUCACCUGGGCACCCUGGCUCCCUCCUGACAUCACCCCACUGACCCGGGGCACCCCGGCUCCCUCCCGAUGUCCCUGCGCUGACCCGGGGCACCCCGGCUCUCUCCUGAUAUCUACACCCAGAUCCGGGGCACCCCGGCUCCCUCCCGAUGUCCCUGCGCUGACCCGGGGCACCCUGGCUCCCUCCCGAUGUCCCUGCGCUGACCCGGGGCACCCUGGCUCCCUCCCGAUGUCCCUGCGCUGACCCGGGGCACCCCGGCUCCCUCCUGAUAUCUACACCCAGAUCCGGGCGCCCUGGCUCCCUCCCAAUGUCCCCGCGCUGACCCGGGGCACCCUGGCUCCCUCCCGAUGUCCCUGCGCUGACCCGGGGCACCCUGGCUCCCUCCCGAUGUCCCUGCGCUGACCCGGGGCACCCUGGCUCCCUCCCGAUGUCCCCGCGCUGACCCCGGGUGCCCCAGUUCCCUCCUGACAUCCCCGUGCUCACCUGGGCACCCUGGCUCCCUCCUGACAUCACCCCACUGACCCGGGGCACCCCGGCUCCCUCCCGACAUCCCCGCACUGACCCCGGGUGCCCCAGUUCCCUCCUGACAUCCCCGUGCUCACCUGGGCACCCCGGCUCCCUCCCUACAUCCCCACGCUGACCCCGGGAGCCCCGGUUCCCUCCUGACAUCACCCCACUGACCCGGGGCACCCUGGCUCCCUCCCGACGUCCCUGCGCUGACCCGGGGCACCCCGGCUCCCUCCUGAUAUCUACACCCAGAUCCGGGCGCCCUGGCUCCUGACAUCCCCAUGCUCACCGGGGCACCCUGGCUCCCUCCUGACAUCACCCCACUGACCCGGGGCACCCCGGCUCCCUCCCGACAUCCCCACACUGACCCCGGGUGCCCCGGUUCCCUCCUGACAUCCCCGUGCUCACCUGGGCACCCUGGCUCCCUCCCGACAUCCCCACGCUGACCCGGGGCACCCCGGCUCCCUCCCGAUGUCCCCGCGCUGACCCGGGGCGCCCUGGCUCCCUCCUGACGUCCCUGCGCUGACCCGGGGCACCCUGGCUCCCUCCCGACGUCCCUGCGCUGACCCGGGGCACCCUGGCUCCCUCCUGACAUCACCCCACUGACCCGGGGCACCCCGGCUCCCUCCCGACAUCCCCGCACUGACCCCGGGUGCCCCGGUUCCCUCCUGACAUCCCCGUGCUCACCUGGGCACCCCAGCUCCCUCCCUACAUCCCCACGCUGAUGCCGGGAGCCCCGGUUCCCUCCUGACAUCACCCCACUGACCCGGGGCACCCCGGCUCCCUCCCUACAUCCCCGCGCUGAACCAGGGCCCAGGUCACCCAUGCAGAACCGGCCUGGCAUGGCCAGGGCAGCGAGGCCAGCUGAGGGUGGGGCACUCUCCCUGCUCCCGAAUCAGGAAGGCUCUGGGAGCAGAUCCACAGGGACUGCUGGCCGCUAGCACUGGGCGUGCAUGCAUGUGUGUGUGUGUGCACAAGUGUGAGUGUGUGGGGCACGUGUACCUGUGUGCACAUAUGGGUGGAGGGUGAGUGCACACACUUGUGCAUGUGUGUGUUUGCACGAGUGUGGGUUUGUGGUGUGUGCAUGCCUUGUGCACAUGUGUGUGGAGGGUGUGUGUAUGUGUGUGUGUGCAUGAGUGUGAGUGUGAUGUGUGUGCAUGAGUGUGAGUGUGUGGUGUGUACAUCUGUGUGAUUGCACGACUGUGAUUGUGUGAUGUGUGUGCAUGAGUGUGAGUGUGUGGUGUGUACAUUUGCAUGUGUGCACAACUGUGAGUGUGUGGUGUGUGCACAUGUGUGUGGAGGGUGUGUGCACGUGUGUGUGCAUGACUGAGUGUGUGGUGUGUACAUCUGCGUGUGUGCACGACUGAGUGUGUGGUGUGUGUGCCUGUGUGCUCGUGUGUGUGAAGGGUGUGUGCACGUGUGUGUGCACGACUGAGUGUGUGGUGUGUACAUCUGUGUGUGUGCACGACUGAGUGUGGUGUGUGCAUGCCUGUGUGCUCACGUGUGGGGAGGGUGUGUGCACGACUGAGUGUGUGGUGUGUACAUCUGUGUGUGUGCACGACUGUGAGUGUGGUGUGUGUGCCUGUGUGCUCGUGUGUGUGAAGGGUGUGUGCACGUGUGUGUGCACGACUGAGUGUGUGGUGUGCACAUCUGUGUGUGUGCACGACUGUGAGUGUGGUGUGUGCAUGCCUGUGUGCUCAUGUGUGUGGAGGGUGUGUGCACGACUGAGUGUGUGGUGUGUACAUCUGCGUGUGUGCACGACUGAGUGUGUGGUGUGUGUGCCUGUGUGCUCGUGUGUGUGAA